AUAUCUGUUGGGUCCAUAUUGAGGAUAACCUUUGAUGGAAGCAUUGACAAGAGUCAUUUUCACCUUCUAGACAAUGUUAAACUUAAAUGGAUUAAGUUGGUCAAUAUGCGCCUUGAAGUGCAUGCAGGACUAUGGCGUGGUCUUUUUACCCCUUUUACAAAGUUUCGAUACACUCCAGCUGAAGAUAAUCUCAUUUUAACACGCAAAAGGUUCUCUGAGGAGCGGAUAUCUCGGAGAUUUGAAAUAAAUUAUUUGGGGUGUGUCCCUGUACCUUCAACUGUGACAGUUGUAACGGUUGAUUGUCAUUGUGCGCCGCAUGUUACUCUGAUGGAAGCCCUCACAAAUAAUCAGGUGACCGCCAAGUUCAAGUGUGUAGUUCGAGUGGUUGCAGCGUUGCCUUGCCAACCUGAAAUGCUCCGCUCUCCUGCUGGGAUAUACAGAAUGCGGUUGACCCUAGAGGAUGCAACAGCUAGAAUUCAUGCCUAUGUUUUUGCCAAGGAUGGGGAGACUCUUUUUGGUGGCUAUCCGGACACGGAUAGUUUGAGCAAGAAGCUAAACAAAUUGCUUGGAGUAACUGAAGGUGGUGCUACCAGUGAUAAGAGACAUCCGCCAUGGGUUUCUGUUUGUCUUGAAUCAUAUUACCUCAAUAAAGAUGACACCUGGGGAACUAGACAUUUCAGAGUAUCCAGCACCAAAGUAGCGGAAGAAGCAUGAAGUGUUGUUAAGAAUGCUUUUCUCCACCUUUUUUGAGAGACUAUAUGUUGCAGGCUGUACAUUUUGGUGAACUAGAAAAUGCAGUUAUAUUUUGCUAGAGAUAUAGGACUUGCUUUGUAUACAAGGAAAAAUGGAAAACCUUUGUUUUUUUGGUAAACUUUGAAUGUAAAUGUGUAGAUGAAAUGCAACCCUUCUGGAAUGAACAAUAGUAUAUCAGGGUAUGUAAGGAAAUGCUCAAUGGAACAACUUUAUAUGAUAUGUGAAUAUUGAUAUCUAUAUUGCAAUCA